CUAACGUUCAAGUUGUAUGUAAUAUGUUGCAGAGAAAUUCGGUGUAAAAAUUUGUUUUCUCAAAAUUUGUUUUGUAACGCUCACAAGUGGACAAACGCCACCAACCGCCGCCAAGCAGUUGUCAAUAUCAUUGCAAGCAGUGCAGGCGCACCACACAAUAGCCGUUGCUUACCCGCAACAACAUCUGUGUACCCGAGCAAUAUGUCGCAUCAUCAACACGUUCUUUCCGAGGCCGCUGCCCUUCGUCUGAUUAACGGUCUGGAGUCAGCCGGCAAUGCCACAAUGCCACUCGGCGCUCAGCCGCCUCAGUCAGCGGCAGCUGAAGCAAUCUGCUCGUCGCAAAUCGUAGCAUCGGCACAUGGCACGCCCACUGCAUCCACGGCAGCACUGGAAAUAUCCUCAGCACGGCAACGGAUGCUGCGAAGUCACCUACAGGAGAGCCUCCAUUCGGCGAACGAGAGCGGCAACUCGUGCCGCAUCUGCCGCUGGAACCGCAACGACAUGGAGAUCAUCAAAUGUCCCUGCAACUGCAAGGGCAGCGUGGGCUACAUCCACCUAAAGUGCUUGAAGCGCUGGAUCAUGCACAGGCGGGAUAAUCGCUGUGAGAUCUGCAAUGCGGUCUUUAAUAUCGCGGAGGAGCGGGCCAGUCUGAAGCAAAUGAUCCGAACCUUCUGCUGCGGCCGUUGUUGCGGCCUGAUUGUGAAGCAUCUGCUAUUUAGCGCCUCGCUAAUGCCACUAGCCCAUAUCAUCUUGCAGCAGGUGCUGCAGUGCAUGGAUAAUAUGAAUCAAGGCAGCACCGAUCAGUUAACCGUCCAGGAGGUGUUUGUCGCCUCUUGUGCCCUUCUGACCUCCAGUGCACUUUUCUUCCACUUCUUUGAGUUUGUCACCACACGAUUUAUGCUCAUCCGGAACAUUCUCAGCCACUGGUGGAUGUUUGGCAGCACCUCCGAUUUUGAGCUGGUGGAGAUUGAGGAUGAUUCCAUCGAUUUUUUCGAUGAUUAGCCGAUAAUAUGGACUGAUAUAAAAAUGAUGAUAAUGGAAGGCAGAGCAGCAUUCAUGUUUACAGUUAAAUAAAUUAUUUUAUUAUUUCAU